AUGUUCGGCACCAAAAUUAAGAAAAGACAAGCUAAGAUAAUAUCUCUGUUAAAUAGUUUACCAGAAUGUACCCCGGAAGAAAAGAAACAGAAAAUACAAUCAAUACAAGGUCUCUACGCCUUGGAAUUGUUUGACAUGAAAAAAUACCCUCAAGCCUUAGCAGAGUUCUUUAAAUUAAACACCGAUCCUGCUGAAGUCAUAAAAUUGUUUCUUGAACUGGAUGGAAAGUCAACUGAAGAAAAAGUAGAAGUGAAAAAAAUAAAAGGCAAAGAUCUAGAGAGUGCUUUAAACGCUUUGAUACAAUAUUUAAUAAAAGUAAAGAAGAAUAUCUUGGAACUGUCACAUGAAUCUGGUAACGGUCAGACGGAUAUAGUAAAAGAGUGUCAUAAGCAACAGUUAGAAUUAAUAGACACUACUUUGUUGAAGUGCUACUUAGAGACAAAACAAGCAUUGGUUACUCCACUGUUGCGCGCCAACAACUGUAACUUAGAAGAAGCUGAGAAGACACUCCUACGUCAUGGGAAGAAUAAUGAAUUGGUGUUAUUGUACCAGAUGAAGGAACAACAUGAGAAAGCUCUCGAGAUACUAAGAGAACAAUCUAAACGAGAAUCUGCCAUUGAAGUUUAUCAGCGCACGGCAAAUUACUUGCAGCAGCUGGGAUCGGAACAUCUAAGUUUAAUAUUCAAGUUCUCAGCGUGGAUAUUGAAAGAGGAUCCAGACGAAGGCUUAAAGAUAUUUACCGCAACCAUAGAAGCAGUAGAAAAGUUACCCCGCCCAAAGAUAUUGAAUUUCCUACUACGAGAUCAUAAAAUGGUAGUGAUACCAUACCUGGAACAUGUCAUACACAUUUGGAACGAUACGGAUGCGUUAUUUCAUAACGCUCUAAUAGAUAUGUACCGAGAUAAACUAACAGUCGAAAAUAAAAAUAUUCCCGAAGAAGACUUUCAAAAUAUAAAGUCGAAAUUAUUAUCAUUUUUAGAGGCCUCUACGUAUUAUACACCCAAAAGUGUCUUGUUGCAUUUUCCACAAGACAGUAUGUUCGAAGAGAGAGCAAUUGUUCUAGGGAAAUUAGGAAGGCACGAACAAGCGCUCGCUAUACAUGUGUUAAUCUUAGGUGACAUAAAUCGAGCGAUACAUUAUGCCGAAAAGGUUAGCGCCGCUUCUAGUGAUAAAUAUCAAGAUGUCUUCGUGAGCCUAAUGCGAAUCAUCAUGUACCCAAAUCAAUGCGAUUGUCUAGAUGGACUUCUAGCCAACGUUCCCAGACAUCCGAAAACAUCCGUAGGGGACAAUGAAAUUGCUUUGCAUAUUCUAGAGAAGUACAUUCAUAAAAUAUCGCCGUUGAAAGCAUUAUCAGUGUUGCCAGACUCUGUGCCUCUAAUUCGUUUAAAACAAUUCUUUGCGAGCUCUCUCGACGUACAUUCAACUAUGAAGCGACAUAUACAGAUUUUGAAAGGAUUGUCAUAUGCUGAACACAUCUACGUACAAGAAUUGCAAGAGUACUUCGAAUCACAGAGCGUUGUAAUAAAUGAAUAUGACAUAUGUCAUGUGUGUAAAAGGCGUUUCGGUAACCAGAGUGCGUUUGUGAGAUAUCCCAAUGGUGAAAUCGUGCAUUACUCGUGUAAGCUUAACAAAUAA